AUGUCUUCCAGUUCUGAAACAAACCUGGGCCUGGCAAGUCAGUAUCCAGAUUCUUCGCCAGGGCUUCUUCCAUCGGGCCCAACUUCAAGUUUCCCCAAGACGUCUCGGUUCUUUGACAAGUCGGCCUUGCCGAGCCUAAAGUCUUUUGAAAUCAACUUCCAAAACACUCGUAAACAAGUUUGGUUCAAUGGGCAGAAUUCAAACUACAACUACAAUCCAUAUAGUAUACCGCAGCUGAGAACUAAAAAUGCAAUCCCGAUCAUUUAUAACAACAUUCCCUCCAAAAUCUCCAUCGUGCAACCCGUGGAGCCGCAACAGAACGAAAUCCCGUUUCUACAGUUGAACGAGGAGUUGGUGAAAGACCCCAUGGCAGUUGUGGACAAUUUACUGGAAAUCGGCAAGAAAUAUGGAGCGAUCAAAUUGAAGUUGCCCGUAAAAGACCAAAGCAGGUUUCAUGCCGCAAACCAAGUAAAUGCAGAUCUAUUCUGGUUUCAAGCAAAUAAGCAAUUAGUCUCACCGAAAUACGAUGAAUUCCACUUGAGAUUGCAGUUCCACAAGAACUUGUCGAAAUUCUUAAACAGCUCUUCCCUGGCUAAAAAUUACAUUCCACAUCUGUACAGCAAUGAGCAAAACUCGGGUUCGAAUUCAAAUUCAAAUUCAUUUACUUUCACCAAAUCUCCAAUGGUUGAUAAAAGACCUCUAGAUUUGUACAAACUAUUUCAAUCUGUCAUGAUGCGCGGCGGCUUUGCAGAGGUGGUCAACAAGAAGCUUUGGGCUCAGAUUGGAAGAGAAUUGGGUUAUAAAGGUAAGAUAAUGACCAGUUUGAGUAGUUCACUAAAAGCUGCUUAUCAAAAGGUACUUCACCCUUAUGAGUUGCAUUUGGAGUCUGAAAACCAGAAGCAGAGCCGAGAUUGUGAAAUUGAAAAAGCAGAAAAAACAAUAGAGACAGGUGAUGGGGAAAAGAUCCACCUCAACGGAAAGCGAAGUCACCAAUUAAGGGAAACACCAGUGCCAAGGAAACGCAUCAAGAUUGAACAACGACUGUCGUCGGCUCCAUUAAUUGUUGGUUCGGCGAAACAAUUUAAAAGGCGAAACAAAACCAAAGUCACCAAAGGGUUUCUUUUAAACUCGCCUCAUCUGAUAAAUAUCAAGCCCCCAAACACAUUCUCGAUUAAAAACGACGAAAAGAAAAGGAGUAGGCGAGGUCAGGACACUUUCUAUGCAACCAUUGAACCUCGCACGGAAGUGGAGCUGAGCUUGAGGUACACCGAAAAUAAUGAUGAUGACACACCGUACACGCAGCCGUGGAAGACGGCGUCGGUUUACACGCUAAGACAAUUUAUGGAAAAAGACCUCAAUUUCCAAGAGCACAUCUUGAGCUAUGCUAAAGAACAAGAUUUCCCGACAGACGCAUUUGGGAAAGCUAUGAUCAAACUCAAACAGCUCGAGGACCUAUAUUGGAAAUAUAUGCGCAAUGAAAUGGUUGAGUCAUCGUUUGUUUGCGCCGAAUUGGAGAUGGGCAAAGACAUUCCUAGCCGCAUUAGUGGGUCGGGUUUUGUCAGGAUUGGAGAUGACCUACGAGAUUACAAAAAUGCAUUGAACAACUAUCAAGUCAAUGUGCAAAACUCAAAAAACUCGAGCCAGUCUCGAAACGGAAUCAUACAGGCUCGCGACGGUGAUGAAAACUCUUCGAGUGGUGGUGGUGGCGGCAACCAAUCCGGGGGCGGCGGCGGCGGCAGCAGCAGCUCCCAGAGCAAGAGUAUUCAAGCGGCACUCUGUCCUUGGAACUUGCACAACUUUUCAAUGUUGCCCAAUUCCAUCUUGGGAGCUUUGAACGACAAUGACAUGGCCAACGAGGAGUUGACGAGAACAAAAGUCAAUGUUGGGAUGACGUUUAGUACCGAAAAUUGGUCCUGCGAAGACCAUUUUACUCAGCUAAUAAAUUAUCAUUUCUUUGGCGCGAGCAAGCAAUGGUAUUUUAUACCCGAGUCUGAGUUUGAAAAAUUCGAAAAAUUGAUUGAACAAGUUAGCCUCGAGCAGCCGCUGGCGUCUCAUAUCAACCGCGGUGCAUCAUCUAUCGACUCUCAAGCGCUGACGACAUUUUCACACUCAAAAGCGGAAACGGACGAGUUUUUGACUAGCACGUUGGAAUAUUCCGUCAGUGCCGGCACGGACAUCAGACUGAAACUCACCAAUUCCAAACUUGCAAGUCUCGUUGAUGGUGGUGACCUUAAUAACUGUACCAACAAAGAAAACCGCAUUUUCAAGUACAAUCAAGAGCUGCUUAUUACACCAGAGUUGUUGGACCAACACAAUAUACGGUACACCGCCACCAUCCAGCACCCGGGCGAGUUUGUCGUCAAGUAUCCGAAAACUUACUCGUGCUGUAUAUCGCAUGGAUUCAACUUUACCGAGGAGGUGAAUUUUGCCUCUAGCACGUGGUUAAAGUAUGCCCAGGAGGGAGAAAAAUGGGUCUCGAAGCAAGGCGUCAUUCCCAAUUUUCUGUUUUUCAAGCUUCUAGUCUCUUUAGCGGUGAUUUACGAUAACGGGGACAAUGUCUUGUUCAACUCCACCGUGUUUGCCAAUGUGGCUGCUCUUUACAAACCGCUUUAUCAGCGGGAGCUUGAAUUGAGAAACGAGGUUCGAAAAUUGAAAAAUGUCAAAGAGUCGGCAAUCGCCGACGAUAGUUCUGCAGAUAUAGUUGCAGAUGAUACGCUUGAGAAUGUCUAUCCAACAAGAAUGGUGAUAACUGAAAACAAAUCUAAACAGUCGAUUAUCAUAUCCAUGGAGAGCUUUUUGGAAAAGCAGCAAAAUCCAGACGUGUUUCAAGAUUGUCAAAUUGAAAUGCAAACUUUUUAUUCCGAUGAAAAGAUUCGCAGUUUUUUCAAGAUCUUGAGCGAUUACUCGGUGGAUUUCGAGUCUUGGGUAGUGAAUUUUGAGCAAACCAUGGCUAGUGGCGAGCAGAUCUCGUUGAAACAAGCAAAGUUAUUGCUUACCGAGGGGGACAAGAUCCUCUCCUGCAUCAAUUCAACUUCCAAUAGCAAUUCACAUGAUGAUCAACCUAGUCAAGACAAGUUUGUUUUGUUCAAGUCUCAUCUUGCAAAUUUGAGAAGACUCACCACAAGCUCAACUCAAUUCGUUGAGGAGUGCCAAAACUUGUUGUCACUCAAACACCAGCAACGGAUUCGGCAUGCCCAAGGUACAACGGGUGAUCGUACUGCCUCGUUGAUAGACUUGAUCAACGUUGUUGAUGUUAUUCCAAAAUUGAAUUUAUCCUGCCCCGAAGUCGACCAAAUCUUGGAGUUUAAGAAUGAGAUUGAAAAUUUCGACAAGGCAAGCAGGUUGUUGAUUUCCAAAAAGAGCAAAACGUUGCAGGAGUUUGACGACUUAAUCAGUCUAGGGGAGAGUUUUGGAUUAGAAAUUCCAUCUUUGGAGUUUAUGACUAGAAUUCGGGAUCGGAUGGAAUGGCUCAAGAUAUAUGAUUUGAUAGAAAAGGGAGUUGAUCCUUAUGCUGACCAAAAGGAGGUUUUCACCAUUGACAAUUUGAGAACUUUCCACGAAAAAGGAGCGCAAAUCUUAUCCGAAAACGACGUUAAGCUCGUUGCCGAUGUCGAGAAAAUCUUAAACGAAAGCACAUUGUUCAACCAUGACGUAACGAAACUUCUCCUGUACAAGUUUGUGCACGAUUUAGAUCUUGAGAAAAUAGCAGAAACCAUUCAUCGGUUUGUUAACGAUAAGCUUUUCAUUUCCAUUGAAAACUACAACGAGCUAUCAAAGAUCAACAUCAAUUUGAAACUUAUCGCCCAGUAUAGGGAAAAAAGAAUGAAUUUAUUAUCAUCAUCAUCAUCAUCAUCACCACUGGAUAAAGCCUCGUGUCCCGAGUUGAAGCAAAUGCUUCAUGCAAUUUCUGAAAGUGGGUUGAGAUUCGACACCGAGAAUUUUGAAGAGAUGUUGCAAAACGCAGAAACGUGGGUGGAACAAAGCUGGCGCCAAGUUGAAAAACUCAAAAUAAUCACCACCAUGAACAAGAAAGUCAACUUGGAUGACGUUAACCAGAAGCUAACGAUGAAUGGCAAAUUCGUUGAAAAGUUGGUGCGCAUGUUGCAAAAGGCCCAGUUUAGCUUUUCACCUGAAGACACUUUUGAAAAAUCGUCGUACAAUUUACGCAUCACAAACUCCACCGAGGAUCCUACUUUUUACUGCAUUUGCCGGGAGUACGAACAUGGAACCAUGGUUGAGUGCGAGCAUUGUAACGAGUGGUUCCACGUGCAGUGCGUCAAGAAUAUCAGUGACACGAAUGCUGACAGUUACAAAUGUCCCGUUUGCUUGCUUUUGGAGUCUUUACAGGAUACGGACCAGUUUUUGGCGUCGCAGAUGUCGUUUCUGGAGUAUAGAAGGAUUUAUUCCGCAGGCUGUGAACUUUUGAGCGUUCCUGUGAAUGAAAUGGAGAUAAUGGAGGUUUUGAUUGAUUUUUUACAGGCCAAUGUAAAUGAAGUUGAAAGGAAGUUGCUUUCAGAUCAGGAUGAAGGUCAAGGACAAGGUCACGACAAUGCCAAGAUCCAAUUUGGGAAAUUGAGGUUUGAGGUGCUCAAAUUUUACGGCAGCGGAUUUUCGUUUGAUCUCAUAGGACGCAUGUUGGAGCGAUGCAGAAGAUUGCAGCCGCUUGUGCUCGCAGAAGAUGCUCGGGCUGGAGAGUUAAAGAAUGGAGACCAACCGGGGUUGGACCCGACUGCUGACGUGGAGCUUAGCUUAAAAGAAUCAGAGUCAUUGCCAAUCCAAGAUUCGAUUCUCGACAGUGAAAAUCCGACAUCAUCAGCUUUGGUGAACGGGAAAGCAUCUGCUGAUGGCGCGGAAGACAUGCCAAAAGAAGAAGAAAAAGAAGUGAAGUUUGAGCCUGCAAUAGAGUCUGGCUCUGGAGAAAGCAAAAAAGAUCUCGAGACGGAGGCAGAAGUACAAGUUUCUGAAACUUCUGAAUCACCUGGACACCUGACUGGAAGCCAUAACAGCAACAAUACCGCCGACAGUGACAAAAAGGUACCGGAGGCAGCUGCAGAUGCCAAGAGCGAGACAUACGAGGCACUUGCCUGCAAUGGUCACAACAUCGAUACAUCAGUACCACCGAAGAACGAUGCCAAUCAAGAAGAAGGCACAACAGUGGUAGAUUUACAUCUAGAAAAUGCCCAAACCCAGGAUGAGGCGAGUGAAGCCUUUCCAACUGUCACCCAAACUCAAGAAUCAUCAAAUGGUACCACCCAUGCUGAAACCGAAACCCCAAACGUUGUAUAA